AUCUUUCUAUUUAUUUUCUUCCCCAGACUGCACUGUUAUCACCAUGUGGCCGUGUGUAUUGAUACUGGUGUGGGCGGCCCUGAGCGACGCGACGACGGGACCGCGAUCUGCUUUUGUUCAGCGCCUCGAACCCAUCGACUUUGUGGGCACUGAUUACUAUUUGACGGGCGGGAGCAGCGGCGGAGGCAAUUCCAUGAUGGAGGAUCUGCGCCGAGGACACGACGGCCUCAUGGUCAAGCUCAACGACGUGACGAGAGCUCUCAAGGAGGACGAACUGAAGCUGAACAACGUCUUUUACAAGCUGGGCCGCCACGACAACGACUUAGAAGGCAUCAGUGAAAAUGUGCAGAAACUCUCUUCAUCUUCUAAGAAAAUUGAGGCGAAACUUAACAAACACGCCUUCAACGUGGACUUCCUACGGCGGCGCGUCGAGCGACUGCAGCAGGAAAAGAAGGCGGAAAACACUCUGGAAGCACAGUUAUCGGCUGCCAGGGAGAUCAUAGACCGCUUGGAAAACCGCCUCACCGACGCCCUCAUCCGCCUCGGAAAUGUGGAGAAUACCACCCGCACUUUGGAGAAACGGUCGGUGGUUUCUCACUUCCCGGAUCUGCUUGGCCCGCCCAUCGCUGCUGCUGCCCGCCCGCCCACCUUAACGGUGUACCCGGCGACACACACAGGUGGAAAUGUGGCAGGUGAGUGCGGCGGCGACUGGGAGAGGAUCGGCCUCGGAUGCUACUGGUUCGGUAUCGAGGAGCUCACCUUCCCGGAGGCCGUGGCGUCGUGCGUGCGUCGCGGAGGCCACCUGCUGACGCUCAACCCGCCCGGCACCCAGCACGACCUGCUCAUGGCCCGCCUCGCCGACGGUACUACUUACUGGACCAGCGCCACAGAUGCCUUCAACAAAGAUGACUGGGCCUUCCUCAUGACAGCCCAACCUGUGCUGCCUUCUCACUGGGGGGCCGACCAAGAGAACAGUCUGAGCAACCACCAACGCUGUGCAGGCGUGGCUAGCAUAGGCCUCCUCAAGCAGCGCUGCACUCACCGCCAGUCGUAUAUCUGCCAUAUGUUUUAAAGUGGUCCGAGAGGAACACAAGCUUGAGUUGGGGACUGGCACAUCUAGAUAUUCAAAAUUUUGAGUUAUUAUUAUUAUUAUUUUUUUUUUUUGUUAAAGUGAAUAAUUGGGGAAAUUUAGAUGUGAGAUAGCUUCCACUGUAUACACCCUGCUCUGUAGUUUUGCUACCGUAAUUUAUUCAUAAAAUGAAGAACAUCUGAUUCUCUGUCCACUUCCAAUGUACAAAAUGUGUCCAAGUAAAGAUACAGUCUCCACUGUAUCUGGGUCAGAAUGCUAACUCAUAAGAUAUAAACAUGAAUAAUCACACACUCAUUAAAAUGUUGAUACAGGGUUUAGCCAAUUUUUUAUUGAUUUUUCUUAUUUCUCUGUCCUAUAGGAACUUUUUGUAAGAAAAUAAUAUCUAUCUUGUAUUUUUUGUAUACUGACUAGUAAAUCAGCAUUUUUUUUAGCACAUAAAAAUCAUAUACAAUAAAAAGCAUCAUGACUACAUUGUAAUAAUGGACCUCCCCUGAUUUUAUUGUUUAAUACUGAUAACCAAAGUCACACUUCUGGGACUCCUUUGGAGCUAUAGACCAGACUUAGCUAGAGUUUAUUGUAUUAUUUGUCACAUGCAUAUGAAAUUAUGACUUAACCAAAUCAUACAAUCAUCACUUUUAUCAUCAUCAUUUGUCUUUCUUACAGGAGCAUUUAGUCCCUGUCAGUAACCUGUAAAAAGAUGUCAUGCUCUUUCCAAAGAUUAGUCAUAUUUCAUACAUGCUGUACAUUGUACUUAUAAUCUUUUAAAGUUCUCCAUAUAGUUAAACAAAUAGGUGAUGUUUAUUAAGUUAUAUGUAACUGCCUUUCACUAAAGCCUGCCUCAUUAUUAAGUUUAAUGAAAAUGUUAACAGUACUGUUAUUUUUAAUUACCAAAUAUUAUAUAUAGUUGGUUUAUGAAGUAAUUAGGGCUUGUGCUUGGCCCUUGAUGUGAUCCCAACUUAUCACUACAAUGGGUUGUCUUUUUAUAAUAAAAACAAACAAGU